AAAAUAUUUUCGUUUCUUUCAGAAUGUGAUCAAACAUUUGUGUCGCGUGCUGGAGGUCCGCAGAACGGAACUUUCACUGCGCCAUCAUUACAAAAUCCUACAAAUAUUUCGCGACAAUGCCUCUAUAUUUUCUUAGCCGGCCCAGGUCAGCGAGUUGAUGUCGUUUUUACAGCUUUUAAUUUAAGAGGAACACCACCAGAUGGAGCUGCUGUCGGAGAACUUCCAGGAUGCGGUCUCGAAUAUAUGGAUAUCUAUGCUGAAGUGCAGUCACCUGAUCCAGCCGAGCUCAUAAAUUCUCCAUUUGGUGGUCGUUAUUGUGGACCGAUUCCACCACGUCGUCGUGUUUCACUGUUUCGUGCAAUUGCACUCUCGUUCUAUACUGGCAAGAAUGAAACAUCACCAGAUUUGUUUGAAGGACCCGAGUAUGAAGUUGGUCAGCCAGUUAUGGGAUCUCCCUGUUCCUACGUAGUGAAUUUUGCCCAUAAACGUUCAGGUUUUCUAGUUUCACCAACGUAUCCCGGUGCCUAUCCGAAAGAUAUGUCGUGCACAUAUCAAUUCAUUGGCAAGCCAGGCCAAAGGGUUCGAAUCGAAUUUCGAGAUUUCGAUCUCUUUUAUGGUGGGCCACACUGUCCAUUUGAUAUUGUGCGUGUUCAUGAUGGUAUAGAUAACACUUCAGCCGUUAUUGGAACAUAUUGUGGCCAGCAGAGGAAUUUAGUGCUUUAUUCAAGUGAAUCAAAUCUCUUCAUUCACUUCUUCACACUGCAACGUACGGCAAAUACACAAAAUCGUGGCUUUAAAGGAAUCUUUGAAUUUAGCGAGAGCUUCGUAAAACUCGAUUUCAUUCGCGAAAACGAUGGCGUUCACAUUCGCGGCUCCGAAUGCGAUCAGAAAAUUCUAUCGAAAAAGGAAUCAACGGGUUAUGUUUAUUCGCCAAAUUAUCCAUUUCCCUACGUACCGAAAGUAGUUUGCAGAUAUUUUAUUUACGGCAUGCAGGAUGCACAAAAUCUUGAACGAGUGAAAUUAGAAUUUUCAAUAUUUGAUAUUCCAAAAGGUGAACACAAACCAAAAAGCGAUUCAAACUGCACCGAUGGAUACUUGAAAAUCUACUUGAAAGGCCAAGAGACAAUGGAUGCUUAUGACAAAUACGAUCACGAACUUUGUGGAACCGAAAAGCCGCAUCCAGUUAUAAGCGAAGGGCCACGAUUAGUGAUGGUCUUCAGCUCUGGAGAAUUACAAGGAAGAGGCUUCAAGGGAAAAUACACGUUUGAAACGGAAUAUAAGAUCCCAGGAACAGCAGCGCCAGAUGGGACAUGUAGCUUUACUUAUCGUAGCACAUCGAAGAAGAAAGGAGAAUUUAAUUCACCACGUUAUCCUUCCAACUAUCCAUCCGAUACAAAUUGUUCUUUCGUUUUCCUUGCGACACCCAACGAGCAAGUGACGAUAAUUUUCGAUCAUUUUAAAGUGAAAGCUGACAAUGCUAACACAACAGGUGGAGCAUAUGGAACAUCUGUUUGCUAUGAAGAUUGGCUUGAAAUGUAUGUGUUGUAUCGAGAUGGAACCGAUCGAUUCCUUGGUCGAUAUUGCGGUUUCACUGCCCCCGGUCCCGUCGAAAGCCCACGCGGUGCCGUGGGGAUUCGUGUUGUGUUGCACACAGAUCAAGAGAACGUCGCUAGCGGUUUUAAAGCUCGUUAUAUUUUCGAAGUAGCGAAAUCUGUUUUCGGAGAUUGCGGUGGCAACUUUACUGGUUUAGAUUCUGGAAUAAUAACGUCACCGGGUUAUCCUUCAAAUUAUGAAGGUCCUGGCAAAGGUCUUGCAUCAAAAUCCUGCAAUUGGUACAUCACAGCUCGAACGGGUUAUAAAAUUUUCCUUAAUUUUGAGCUAUUUGGUGUUGAAGGUGAUCCAGCAAGUCGAGGUUGUGCAGCUGCAGCUUUAAGGCUUUGGCUUCUUCCCGACUCUGACUUGCCACCACUUGAAAUGUGCGGUGAGAAAGCGUUGAACGAACAUUGGCAAUAUAUAACACAGGGACAAUCUGCUAGAGUAAGUUUCACUAGCGCUGAUAAAGCAAUCGGUGCACAGGGCUUCCGAAUCGUUUGGACUGAGGUUCAAGACUCUGGAACUGGACCGCCUUCAACACUAUCAUUAUUGUGCGAAUCCACUUACCAUUACCAAUGUCUUGUUUCUGGUUAUUGCAUAUCUGAACGUCUUCGUUGCGAUGGCAUCAAGAAUUGUGGUCCGGACGAUAAUAGCGAUGAAAUGCACUGCACAACCGAAACGCCAAAGGAAGAUCACGGGAUUCUGAUUAUCUCAGUGGUAGCCGUCGCCUCGUUCCUAACUUGUCUCCUAUGCACCCUUUGUCAUCGAAAAAGAAAACGUCGACACCAUAGGCAAUUACACCGAAAUGCGCAUUACGACUCAACAACAAGUGCUACUGGUCUAAAUUCAAGUAGACGCAACUUGCAAAGUAGUUUAUCAGGAAGUGUUCAUGGUAUCAGCACAGGGUCACUUAGAAUUCCUCCAGCACCUCCCGCACCAGCUAACCUCCCACCCCCACAUGUGUGUAUCAGUGGUGGAAUUAUAGACGACUUGCACGAUCCAAAUGACGAUAUGGAUGAUGAUGAUGACGAUGAUAAUGAUAAUGAAGAGUGCCAAAUACAUUUAAAUGACGAUAUGAACGGCAUGGGCGGCAUGAAUGUCAUGGAUGCGGAAUUGAAUAAUGAUCCGUUCAUUAGUAUAACAAGCACACUGAAUAAUGCAAACAACAAUGUUAAUCAUUACAUGAAUAUCAGUAGCACAAUAAAUCCCAAUGUCAACGGCAGCGCCAAUGAUUACUACCAGAACGUUAUGCAAUUGCAGAAUGGUGAAAGCGUAUAACAAUAAACUAACAUUAUUUAAAUUCAUUGUUUUAAAAGCAGAUUAAAUUCUCUCUCAACUUCUUUAAAAAUAAAACUGUGGGUAAACUAAGUUUUAGUUUAGAUUUAGAAAACAUAGCUGGGAGUAAAUAUGUGUUUUAUGAUUUGUCACGCAUAUUCUGACAAACUUGAAAGCGAAUGAAGAGAUUUUUAUCCUUUGAAUUUCUCUUGAUGGUAUCAGCUUUAAGUUAACACAUCCCAGAGUAGUUUUAGCUCAAAAAGUUUAAUGCUAUUAAGCAAUAAACAAAAUCUUGAGCUUGAAAUAACAUCACGAAACAUAAUUACAUCAAGAACAGAGAAAACACCACAAAGUAUCAGUAAAUAAAAUUUUUCAACAUUUGUAGGUAACUCAUUUUAAAUCUUUGCUCAAACAUUUGAAUUUUUGUUCCCUAUUUAAAUCUUUAUCUAGAAGAUGGAAGAACGAGAAAUAAAUUUUAUUAAGCUCAAGUUGAAGAUGGCUAAGAAAGAAUGAUAAUAUUUUAAUCUACCAAACACUGUGUCUAUUACUAUUUACUGUAUGAAAUCACUUAAUUUUCCUUCAACUUUGUAGUCGCAAAUAAAAUGAUAUCAUAAAGCAAAAAAAUUGAAACAUGCACAUUGUAGAGAAAAAAAGCUCAAAUCACAUAAGCAACAAACGAAGUAAAAAUAAAAGUGAGAUUAAACAACAAAGUAAAGUUUCCAAUCUCUUAAAGAGAUGAUGGGGGAGGUAUGAAGGGAAACAUUCCUGAAAGUACAUAUAGUCGCAAUAUGUAAUCAGAAAGUGUAAAGGAAAAACGUAAAAAAACAUCUUUUUAUCGAUUUUAUAAUCUCCCACAAUAGAUGAUGAAAAGAAAAAUGAAAUAAAAGAGAAGUCUCCAUUCUCAAAAAGGGUAGAAAAAACUUGACUCACAUAUGUUGUGAAGGCAAAAAAAUAUUGUUAACAUUAAAAUGCAGAAAAGUUACACGUAAACUAGGAAAACAAAACAUUUCUAUGCAUCUAAUAUUUUUUUCCGUUUUUUAAUGUGUGCUCGUAGAAAAAGAACAAAAAAUAGAAACAUUUUUAUAAAGAAAGACAAAAUUGAUUUUUGCAGGUAAAGUUGAAACAUUAAACGUAAACGUAUUUAUAACAUUUCCUUUUGUUCACUCAUAAAAGCAAACGAAUGGUAAGAAAAAAAUAUUACGCAUAAUUAUUAAUGCACAAAGAUAAUGAUUAUCAUCACACAAAUAUGCCCUAUAAGAGUCAUCCAUUAGAUGCAAAAAUAGUUAAGAGAACGAACAAAUCACAGAACAGAAAUCAUCAAUUAACAAUUUAAUGAAAUUUAUGUUUGAAAGUUUUUCAAGAAGAACACAUAAUUGAUGCCAUUGAAACCAGAAUAAUAAAUGAAAAACGAAAUCACUGCCUGAAGACAAACACACAAAUACAAAAACACAAGAAAAAAAACCAUGAAAUUUCAUUUAAGAGUAAAGAUUGGAAAGUAUUCAAUUUGCAAUCUUGGUCCACAUCCCCAAUAAUAUAUGAAAGAAUUUCUUUUCUUAUUCCAACCACUCUUUAAAAAAUUCAUUCUUGCUUUUAUAUUUUCGAAUCAAUAAAAAACCGCAAGAAUACCUUCCAAAGAAAGAAAAUUAAUCCAAAUAAAUUCUUCCCAUGAAACUUUUAACUUAUUUCGAAAACACAUUAAUGAAUUGCAAUUAACUGUAGUAGAUAAAUUAAUGGUGACAAGUCCCAAUUGUAAUUUUUAAAUAAAUGAUCUAGAGGUUCGUGAAGAAAAUGUAUGAGAAAAGUUUGAAGCGAUCUAUUGCUCUCUAAUGAAUGCAGCCUGGGAAAUGAAUCUCGUGUUUUUUUUGCUACAAUUUACAUCCAAUACAGGGAAAAUAGCAAAUUAAUUUCCGCUUUGAAGAAGCCCCGUUAACGAUGAUGUCAAUGUAUUAACAGCAUCGAGGACAAUUUCCUUUCAAACUUCUCUCAUAUAAUGAGAAAUACCAACAACAGCUAGCAUAAGAACUAGCAAAAGAACAUGUGUAUUAGAACAUUUUCAUUUAAGUUCAUAAUCAUUAGUAACGAUGGUGGAAAAGUAAUUUAAUUUUUAAAGCGUAACCUAAAAUGUAAUUCCUAAUGUUGUUUGUUAUAAUCCAAGAUAUUAAAAUCAAAUUAACGAAUGACGGAAAUGAAAAUUAACACUAUAAAUUAUCAGAUCACAAGAAGUAAGAGUUGGUGAGUUGUUGAAAAUUAAAUUCUAUGAAAACAUAAUAAAAAAUGUCAAGAAAGAAAAAUGUUAAGGAUAUUAGAGCUCAUUUUGAUAUUAAUGAUUUAAAAAUUAAUAAAUGAAAUAUGUAAUGAUUUAAUUGAAAACCACACAUAUUGAUGAAAUAAACGAGUUAACGGAGAA